UGACGCUGUCUUAUAAAUUAAAGAUAAAGAUCAAAACUCGAUCUUAAAGCCCAGAUAAACGUGAAACAGCCUUUUUGAUAGGAAACCGUCUAGAGCACAAGUACACUGUGAACGUACGUCACGACUUACGGCAAGGAUGCCAGAGAAUAUUCCCAGACCGUCCAUAUGCACAGUGGUGCUGAAGUGGGUGAGCAGCGUCUUGUUCGGACUCGUCCUCCUUGUCUGCGUUAUUGAAAGCAAGCUUUGCAUUCUGGCCAUCAGCAACAAAAUGAGAAAUACUUCUGAAAUGAGAUACGUUCGCUUUGUUAUGCUAUUUCUUGUCGUGCUCGUGCCGAGCGUAUUGAACUUGAUACGGGGCUUCUGGCGAGGAGCCUUCCGGAAAGAUAAACCCUGGCCACGGAAACCCGUAUUACUAGUGGGCUUCUUAGUUAGCAUAUUGGAAGCUUUAGGCCUGUGCCUAUUUGUGUUCCACAUCCCUGGCAUCAAAGGCAUGGACCAACCGUGUAUGGUGAUCCUGGUCAUGAACGCUGUCCAUCUCUGUCCAGCCCUCUACAAAAUGUGGCAAGCCAGGAAGGGCAGACUGCGUAAUACAUUCGCCAUCAUAGCCCUUCUUGAUUUUGUCGGCAUUACCAUCUGGCUUCUACUAGAGAAUAUCAAAGUCACGGAUGGUUGGUGGUUGCUAGUGGCAGUAGUGGUUCUAUCGAUCGCAUGGACUUCGUAUGUACAGGAACAACUUGUUGAGCCGCCGAGAUGUACACAGACACAUAAUUCCUUUUUUUUGUGUGAUUACUUGCAAGACGGACAAAAAGGAAGGAAACUCUAACCAAAAUACGGAAAAUAGGGCAGACAACAGAACACAGACGGAAACUGACGACUCAAGCCGAAAAGAGUCUACAACGUGGAAGUUGACAAUCUACAUGUCCUUUCUUAAAAU